CGGAGAAUCAUAGUGGCGGUUGCGACGCGUUUUUUGGCAAGCAAAAAGUAGCGUAGGAGCUGGCAAGGCACCCGCACGAGAGAUACCCCACGCUCCUCUGUUUUAGCCCCUCUUUCUUCUGCAUAGUACCCAGAGGCUCCUUCUUUCAAGAUGCAGGCGCCAGUAGUUGUCAUGAACACGCAAACCCCGGGCGGGGAGCGGCAGUUUGGCCGCAAAGCCCAGCUCUCCAACAUCACAGCAGCCAAGACGGUCGCAGACAUCAUCAGAUCAUGUCUCGGUCCCAAGGCCAUGCUCAAGAUGCUGCUCGACCCCAUGGGCGGCAUCGUCCUCACCAACGACGGCCAUGCCAUUCUCCGAGAGAUCGAAGUCGCGCACCCGGCAGCGAAGAGCAUGAUCGAGCUGAGUCGGACACAAGAUGAGGAGGUAGGAGACGGCACAACCACAGUCAUCAUAUUAGCUGGAGAGAUCCUCGCACAAGCUCUGCCGCAGUUAGAGCGCAACAUCCACCCCGUCGUCAUUAUCCAAGCCUUCAAGAAGGCCUUGGCCGAUGCCCUCGAGAUCAUCAAUGAGAUUGCCGUCGAUGUCGACAUUAACAACGACAAGCAGAUGUACGAGAUUAUUCACUCCUCGAUCGGUACAAAAUUCGUCUCGCGGUGGUCAGAACUCAUGUGUGGCCUCGCUCUCAAGGCUGUGCGAACUGUUUCGUUAGACAUUGGCUCGGGCAAGCAGGAGGUCGACAUCAAGCGCUACGCCCGCAUUGAGAAGAUCCCAGGAAACGAGAUCGAGGACAGUGAGGUGCUUGAUGGUGUUAUGUUGAACAAGGACAUCACACACCCGAAGAUGAGGCGGAGAAUUGAAAACCCUCGCGUCCUGCUGUUGGAUUGCACACUCGAGUACAAGAAGGGCGAGUCUCAGACGAACAUCGAGGUCAGCAAAGAGGAGGACUGGAACAGGAUACUGCAGAUCGAAGAGGAACAGGUCAAGGCCAUGUGCGACGCCAUCAUUGCCCUAAAACCCGACCUUGUCAUCACUGAGAAGGGCGUGAGUGAUCUCGCACAGCAUUACCUCGUCAAGGCCGACAUCACCGCUAUCCGCCGCGUCCGCAAGACAGACAACAACCGCGUUGCGCGUGCAACUGGUGCCACCAUCGUCAACUCUGUGUUCGCAGCUACCGCCGCAGAUAUCGGCACUCAAUGUGGGCUAUUCGAGAUCUCCAAGAUUGGCGACGAGUACUUUACCUUCCUUACCAAGUGCAAAGAUCCCAAGGCAUGCACGAUCCUACUCAGGGGCCCCUCAAAAGACAUUCUGAACGAGAUCGAGCGUAAUCUCCACGACGCUAUGGGUGUCGCCAGGAACGUGAUAUGGAACCCCAAGUUGUGCCCGGGAGGUGGCGCAACCGAAAUGGCGGUUGCUGUCGGCCUAGACAGGAGAGGGAGACUCAUCGAGGGUGUGGCACAGUGGCCGUACAAGGCAAUUGCAGAAGCCAUGGAGGUCAUCCCCCGCACGCUCAUCCAAAACUCAGGAAACAGCCCGAUUAAGGUCCUCACUCAGCUGCGAGCGAAGCAUGCGGAGGGCUACGAGGAUGGCAAGCACGGUGGAAGCUUCUGGGGUAUCGAUGGCGAGGCAGGAAAGGUCGUAGACAUGCGGACGUACAACGUGUGGGAGCCGUUGGCAGUCAAGGAGCAGAGCGUCAAGACCGCCAUAGAGAGUGCAUGUCUACUAUUGAGGGUUGACGACAUUGUCGCUGCGAAAUCAGCUAAACAGGUCAGUGGGCCCAUUGGUGGGGGUGGAGACGAUUAGAUAGGGCCUACACGCGGAUAAAUAUCGUAGAUCCAGCCCGAUCAUGAAUUCAAAUGAGAAUGAAGACAUACGAAACUCUCAUAUAUAUACCGCAUAUUGCCUACG